GUUUGAGUGGGCUUGAUGUCCUCUUCGUUGCUGCCUUCCCUCAGUCACUGUUGUCGGCGUCAAUGCUUCAAUUUCGUGUUGCAGCAUGGUCCGAAAGGGUCUCGUUUUCUGUCGGCGAAGGCACCAGAGGUGCAUCCUGUGACAACAGCCCUUCCUAAACCACGCCUCGACUACCGCGCUAUCUCAGAGUCGAUAGUAUACAAGUCUCACAAUGCCUUUAAUCGAAAGGCUCCACUUCCGAUUGGUGCAUUGCAGUCGGUCGUGCGUCAUUAUGAUGAACAGAAGAGACUCUCCAGCAUGUUAGGCUUGAAGCGUCACGCCCGCUCGAACUUGGGCGAAAAGAUGCGAACGAUCAAAGAUCCAAUUGAGAAGCAGGCUGUCUUGGAGGAAGCUAAACUUCUCAAGGGGGAGGUCACAGAUCUGGAGCAGAAACUUGUGACAGUGGAGGACAUUUUACUGGGGCUUGCAUUGCAAAUACCGAAUGACACACAUCCUGAUAUACCACUAGGUCCAGAGGAAGCUGCUGUGGUACUUUCUACUCACGGAUCGGACCCCAUUGCUGCCAGUGACAAUCGUGACCACAUGGAUGUUGGUCGCGCUCUUGGUAUCCUCGACUUCGAAGCGGGAGCGACAGUUACGGGUUCAUCAUGGUAUUACCUACUAGGAGAAGCUGCACUCUUGGAGAUGGCUCUGACCAACUAUGCCCUCUCAAUUGCUCUUGAACACGGAUUCCGGUUCGUCACGACGCCGGACGUUGUUCGGGCAGACAUUGCCCUACGAUGCGGAUUCCAACCUAGAGAUCAAAAUGCUGAUCCACCUGUUUCGCAAAUGUAUCACAUUUCAUCUUCGAAUCCCUCUCAUCCCGAACUCGUACUUUCUGGCACCGCAGAAAUACCGCUUGGCGGUAUGUUCGCGAAUCAAAUAUUCACGGAGCAAGCUUUGCCUUUGAAAGUGGUCGGUCUUGGCCGUUCGUUCAGAGCCGAGGCAGGUGCCCGCGGCGCAGACACUCGUGGACUGUACCGAGUCCACCAAUUCUCAAAGCUCGAGCUUUUCGUUGUUUGUAGUGAAGAUGCCAGUGAACAAGCGAUGGAAGAACUUCGUAAUGUACAAACGGAAAUUUUUGAAGGCCUGAAUUUUCCGUUUCGGGUUUUAGACAUGCCUACCGAAGAAUUAGGCGCCAGCGCGUAUCGCAAAUAUGACAUGGAAGCGUGGAUGCCAGGUCGAGGGAGUUGGGGAGAAAUCUCCUCCACGUCUAAUUGUACUGAUUACCAGGCCCGUCGCCUUCACAUCCGCUACCGUCGGUCGUCAGGUAUGCCCAGGCAUACCCCACCAUCGUCCUCAUCCGCUUCGACUCAGUCGGCACCUGCGAUACCAUUCGCCCACACUUUGAAUGGCACCGCGGCUGCCAUCCCCCGUCUGAUUGUUGCUCUUAUCGAGAAUGGUGCAACGUUCGACGAAGCAGGCAAGCCAGUGGGUCUUGAUCUACCCAGCACUUUGAAGCCUUUCUGGCAUGGUGCAUCUUCGAUCAUACGGUGGACUUGAACGUGGGAUAUUGGCGUACUAGUUGUUACCAUUGUCACUUGUCAAGACGAAGCUACAGAACUUUGACAGAACGAUCUGACGAUCUGACUGUAUGCAAUUUAGGGAGCUCAAAAGAAACUACCAUUGUCUGAUUGACUGGUACCUUCAAGGAGUAUAAUCACGGCUGCGUCAGGGUUCGAUGUUCGUUGGGAUAUACAUAUGUGGGCAGGUACACAGGCAGCUCUGGUAUUUCAAUGAAGAUUGCGUUUUUGCCA